ACCGACACCUUUAUGAUCAUCACCCGCGCCGUCGCCUCUUUCAUCAAGCUCUACCUCCUCCUGCUCUUCGUCCGCGUGCUGCUGUCCUGGUUCCCCACCUUCCAGUGGUGGGAGCAGCAGCCCUUCUCCGCGCUGCGCCAGGUCACCGACCCCUACCUGAAGCUGUUCAGCGGGCUGGUGCCGCCGCUGCUGGGCUCAAUCGACCUCACCCCGCUCUUCGGCUUCUUCAUUUUGCAA